CUGUAUUUUUGUUUCAUUAGGUUUUACCCAUCAAACCUAAUGAUGUUACGUUAAUGUACAUGCUGUGUGAAUUAUAUUUCAAGAAGGCAUUUAGUAUUAAUCUGAGAAAUAAUACAGCUGGUCAUUUCUAGUUUUCCAAAGACAAGUCGCGGUAAUAAUAAGCUGCGAAUAAAGAAAGAUGGGAGAUAGUGUUGUGUGCAAAUCGAAAGAGUCUGAGACAUCAAUGAAUCUAAAGGAAAUAGAUUUAAGCUGUGUCCGAGAAAAAAUAAUCAAAGAAGAAUGCGAAGAACCUGCAGAAAAUGAAGAUUCUACAAACAACGUAAGAGCUGGAGAUAUAUUACAGGAAAGAACUGCUGAAAAAAAGAUUAAAAUGGAUGGGAAGAAUCCUCAAGAGGUAAACCCAGUUGAGGAGGACAGUUCCGGAAAUUUCCUAACAUUUCACGUAAAAUGUAAGGACCAGGUGGAGAACAUUAUCCUGCCCUUCGAAGAGACGUUGGACAAACUUCAGGAACGUAUUUCCAGUCUGUUUGGGGUCCUUCCGAGUAGUCAGAUCUUUCACGGAUGUGGCCUAUAUGGCAAUACCAGCGAGGAGAUUUUGGAUAAGCGCCUAAGUAGCUUGAAACUCUCAUCUCCAAUCUCCUAUCUUACUGUCGAGGAGGUUAUGGAACAUAAACUGCUUAUUAAUAUAGUAGAAAAACCGAGUGAACGCAAGAUAAACCUAAACUUGUCAGAUCUCAUGAGAGUUCAUGAACUUAAACAGUAUGUAUGUUGCAUUUGGAACAUUCCUGUGAGGUACCAGGACUGGUCAAAUGGACUUAAUGACCAGAAGGACGAAGCUACUUUGCGUCAAGCUGGAUUGAAAGGGUAUGAUGAGGUCCUUACGGUUCGCAGCCGGGAAUAUCCAUCCCUUAAUAGCUCUAGUUCCGCGUCAAGUGAUAAGCAAUCGCAUAGUUCCUCGGAUGAAGAGUCGGAUUCGGAUUCGGGUUCGAUAUUCCACGAUCGUCACUUUCCGAUGACGUCUGCAUCAUCUCCACCCCACAAUGUUCUUAACGAUGGAUGCUUUUCGUUUGCCUACAAGUACAAAAUGCGUUUUGGUUAUCCCACUCCAGAGUUCCAUACGGGCGAUUUUAGCAGUGCCCUUACAAAGACCUAUUAUUCUCCAGAUAGGAAAAAACUCCUGGCAAUUUAUUUGCAUCAUGAUGACAGCAUUCUAACUAACAUUUUUUGCUAUAACGUACUGAAGAAUGAGAAAAUCAUAAACUUAUUAAAGUCGAUGUUCAUUGUUUAUGGUGUGGAUCUGACAAGCACGAAACAAGCUUCUUCCUUUUUCGGUCAACUGAAGGAACGCAUCUCCUUGGAGGCAUCCAAUAUUGCCGAAAAAAUAGAGCUGGACAAACUCCCAACUUUCAUGCUGGUUGGUGAAGAUAUUGAUGUUACUCACACAAUAAUUUCAAUUAUUCACGGUGAUAUUGGUGUGGAUGAAUUGGAACAUAAACUUCUGGAGCAGUAUGAACUCCUUAUAAACUUAUCUUCAAGCAUUUGGGAUGCAACAUAAGAGAUAUGUUCUCAAGA